UCGUUCCGGUAAUGGCAGCCCCCAUGAGGCCGAUGCCUCUGCUGCUCCAGUGCCGGUGGUUGCUCCUGUCCCGCCGCGUGGAGGCGAAGCUGCGAAUAAGGGAGGCCCGCCUCAGUUCCACGGAAGCCGCUGUGGCUGCACUGAGGGAGCAGCAAGUCCCGGGCACCGAGGAGGCGGCAGCUACUGAGAUUAGCACCAGAAAGAAGACAUUCAGUGAAGUGCUGGCAGAAAGAUUAGAACAAGCUCAACGCACCGUGUUAAUUAACUGCCCAUCCAAAAUCAAUGAGAAGAAAUUUCUUAAAUACUUGUCAUCUCAUGGAAACAUUAAGAACCACUUCUUUUAUGAAAGUUACGGCACAUAUGCUGUGGUAGAAUUUUCUGAGAAAGACAGCAUAGCGUCGCUGCAAGAUGUCACUGGUACCCCACAAUUUAAGGACGAAUGUCCUGUUCCAUUUAAAUCAAGAAUUUUUACUUUAACAUUGAAAAAUCCAGCAAGCCAAGCUUCUGAACAUACACCAGUUCACCGCCAUAAGCUGACCACUGUUCCUUUGGGAGGACUGAUCAAGAAAUUGCGUGAUGCUGAUAGUGUGAGUGACCAGUUGCACAUACUCACAGAGGAAUAUCAGCUGACCGAGGAAAACACUAAACUCCGGUUUCUGACUUGCUCUUUAAUCCAAGACAUUGCUGGUGCCUAUUUUCCAGCAUGCACCGUGAAACCCUUUGGCUCAUCUGUGAACACUUUUGGUAAAUUGGGCUGUGAUUUAGACAUGUUUUUGGACCUUGAUGACGGUGGAAAAAGCACUACCAGAAGGAAAACAGGUCCCUUUAACCUGGAUUAUCAAAUGAAGAGAGUGCCUUCUGAACGGAUUGCAACACAGAGAAUUCUCUCUGUCAUCGGGGAGUUUAUCGAUAACUUUGGCCCUGGGUGUGUUGGUGUGCAAAAGAUACUUAAUGCUCGCUGUCCGUUGGUGAGAUUUUCCCAUCAACCUUCAGGAUUUCAGUGUGAUCUGACAGCUAAUAACAGGAUUGCCAUGCGAAGCUCUGAACUUCUUUAUAUCUACGGCAGCCUUGACCCCCGUGUAAGAGCUCUUGUGCUCGGUGUACGGUGCUGGGCGCGGGCCCAUGGAAUCACAAGUAGCAUUCCUGGUUCAUGGAUUACAAAUUUCUCCCUAACAAUGAUGGUUCUGUUUUUUCUGCAAAAGAAAAAUCCCCCCAUCGUUCCAACCUUGGAUCAUUUGAAAGAGCUAUCUGAUGUGCAAGAUAAGCAUGUAAUUGAAGGUCACGACUGCUCUUUUGUUAGCAAUUUGAACAAAAUCAAGCCCACAGGAAACACACAGAGUUUGGAUGUGCUGCUGGGUGACUUCUUCGAAUACUUUGGGAAUUUUGCUUUCAAUAAAUAUUCGUUAAACAUUCGCAAGGGGAAAGAACAAAACAAGCCAGAAUCAUCUCCACUUCAUAUACAGAAUCCCUUUGAGCCGAGCCUUAACAUCAGCAGGAACGUCAAUGCGACACAACUUGAACGGUUCAUCAGUUUGGCCAGAGAAAGUGCCUGGCUUUUGCAGCAGGACAAAGGUCUUUCUUCCAGCAAUGGCCAGCUUUGGGGAAUGGCAGCCAUUCUUCCAGAGUUGACGGCAAACAGCGCUAGCAAGGGCACAAAGAAGAAGAGGGGAACCACCAGUGACAGACUCAAAGGCCUGCUGGACUCCUUAAAGACGAAUAACUCCACCAAUGGGAAAAAGACCUUCUGUACUUGGGCCCGGUAGCUGGUUGCAACAUGCUCAGAAUUCACCAAAGUGCUUGGUGGCCUCAGCAUCGCUUGAAUGGGGUAUAAAAUGGCCGAAACAUGCCUCACUGUCACUUCUGCAGGGCAUGAAAUGAUGGAAAACUGCAGCCUUCAGGUGUUCCAUGCUUGGACAGGUGAACAUAUUAAGAAGGGCAAAAUGAAAUUUGACCAUUAUACCUGGCCUUUUGGGUGGUAAAUAGCCAGGGUUUUUUUUUUCUGGGAUAUCCUCGUCAUGAAGGAAAGAACAAGGGGCCUGAGAAGAGGCCUUUGAGAAUAUUAAAAGAGGCAAGUGCGGGGGACACCUUCGAGAAGUCUCUUCCCAUGGAAAACACCAAUCUGCUGCUGCACUGCAAACCACUUUUAAUCACAGUGGUUGUAUCCAUUUUUGUAACUGUUUUGCCAACCCAUCAGUGGUGGAAGACAAAAUAAAAUGCUCAGAACUCA